UACCUCCGCGUCCAUCCAUUGUUUCUUAGAUUCUUCCAUCAUAGCAAUAUCUGAUUAAAUCCAUAUAAUAUGAUUACAUGAUUGCUGCUUUACAAUCUUACACUAUUCUCCCUAGGCAUACUGUCUUUUUUGACCAAGAAUUAGAAUAUUUUGCUAUAAACUAACCUACCCAAUUGCCAACAAUGGAGUUUCUGCCUACCCAUUUGGCCAAAAUCGAAUCUUUCCCUCCGUCACCUUUUUCAUUCCGCCUCGAGACAUGAAAUCUUCGAACUAAGCCUCGUUUUGAUAUUAUCACACACGGAGGGAAACAAGGCGACUGUUUGUGAUAAAGUUUUUUUUUGGUUUCUGUUUAUAGGGUUUACGAAGAUAUUGAAUGAUAGGCGGUGGAGGAGAAAUGAAAUCUCAAUCGUUCAAGAAAGGUGGGAUUUUAUCAGACUCUCAUCUGGGACUUCAAUGGAGCAAUCAAGAUUGCAACUUUUAUCCAGACGGUGGGUUGUUUGCCUCUGUGCAAAUGGGAAAUGAAGGAAAUGAGGGUCUGAAAUUACCCUAUCCUGAUUUGCUAAUGAAAUAUGUUUCACUGCCUGAGGGGUUUGGUGAGGCGAAGGGUUUGGGGGGAAAGAAGAAAAAAAGGGGGCUUCAGCUUAAGAUUAAGAUCUCUAAUCCUUCAUUAAGGAGGCUAGUUAGUGGUGGGAUUGCCGGGGCGGUUUCUAGGACUGUUGUUGCUCCUUUGGAGACGAUUAGGACUCACUUGAUGGUAGGUAGCAGUGGGCAUUCCACAACUGAGGUGUUCAACAAUAUUAUGAAAACAGAUGGAUGGAAAGGAUUGUUUAGAGGGAAUUUUGUGAAUGUGAUUCGUGUUGCACCGAGCAAAGCCAUAGAGUUAUUUGUUUAUGAUACUGUCAACAAGAACUUGUCUUCGAAACCCGGUGAACAGCCCAAAUUACCCAUUCCUCCUUCUCUAGUCGCGGGUGCCUCAGCUGGGGUCACCUCAACGCUGGUCACCUACCCCCUCGAGCUACUCAAAACUCGACUAACCAUACAGAGAGGAGUCUACAAUGGUCUGCUGGAUGCAUUUGUCAAAAUACUGCAAGAGGGUGGGCCUGGCGAGCUCUACAGAGGCCUCGCCCCGAGCCUGAUUGGCGUAAUCCCUUAUGCUGCCGCCAACUACUGCGCCUACGACACUCUGCGGAAAGCCUACAGGAAAAUCUUCAAACAAGCAAAGAUAGGCAAUAUAGAAACACUCUUGAUUGGGUCAGCAGCUGGCGCCAUUUCUAGCACAGCCACAUUCCCUCUUGAAGUUGCGCGCAAGCACAUGCAGGUGGGGGCCGUGAGCGGGAGGCAUGUGUACAACAACGUUCUGCAUGCUCUCGCCUGCAUCCUCGAACGAGAUGGGAUACAAGGUUUGUACAAAGGGCUCGGGCCAAGCUGUCUGAAGCUGGUGCCUGCGGCUGGGAUAUCUUUCAUGUGUUAUGAAGCAUGUAAGAAGAUUUUGGUAGAGAGAGAAGAGGAUGCAUAGGAAAUGAAAUCUGUUUUGCAGAAUAAAUUGCACAGUGGUUAAAUCACAUAUCAAUUGACAUUUUACAGUUUCUUUACAAAUUUUU